ACGUUCACGACCGGAACCGGCAGCAGCGUGCCUUUACGGUUUGACAGCAAGGAGGAGAAACGGGAAUAUUACUAAGUCGGGGCUAGUGUAUUUCAUAAUAAAUUAGCCGACAUGUACGUAUUGUGGAUUUUUCUUGGCUUAGUAACUUCCCAUUUUACCGCCGUUAGAGCAGAUGAUAUCGUUGUGGGCUGCGGGGGAUUCGUGAAGUCGGAGGUCGAAAUCAAUUACUCUCUAAUCGAGAUCAAAUUAUAUACAAAACAAGGCUCCCUGAAGUACCAGACAGACUGCGCUCCAAUCAAUGGCUAUUUUAUGAUCCCUCUCUAUGACAAGGGAGAUUUUAUCCUGAAGAUUGAGCCACCACUGGGAUGGAGUUUUGAGCCAACCAGCGUAGAUCUCCGUGUGGAUGGACAGACUGACAUCUGCACCAAAGGAGAGGACAUUAACUUCGUAUUCACAGGCUUCUCUGUGUUAGGACAGGUGCUGAGUAAGGGCCAGCUGCUGGGCCCGGCCGGGGUGGAGGUGAACCUGCGCAGAGCUGGAGCUGAAGCCAGCCUGCAGACGGUGCUCACUCAGCCCGGGGGAAAGUACACCUUCUUUAAAGUGCUGCCUGGAAAUUAUGAUAUCACUGCAGCCCAUGCAUCCUGGACUCUGGAGAAGAGCUCCACGACCGUGCAUGUGUUCAACUCCAACGCCCCUGCUGCAGUGCCCCUGGUGGUGGGAGGCUACGAUGUGUCCGGGGAGGUGCGCAGCGAUGGAGAUCCGAUGAAGGAGGUCACUUUUCUGCUGUUCUCUGCCACCGUCAACCAAGAGGACAUCACCGGUUGCAGCACGGCCCCUGUGGAGGGCUCUCUGUCGGUAGAAGACUCCCUGGCCUACCUGUGCAGCGUGCUGUCCCGGGAAGAUGGCACCUUCACCUUCCCUUCUCUGGCCAGUGGGGAGUACACAGUGAUACCUUUCUACCGGGGAGAGAGAAUCACCUUCGAUGUUGCUCCAUCACGGAUGGAGUUCAAGGUGGAGCACAACAGCUUAAAACUGGAACCUAUCUUUCGUGUGAUGGGCUUCUCCGUGACCGGCCGGGUACUCAACAGUCCUGAGGGGGACGGCGUGCCCGACGCCACGGUAACCCUCAACAACCAGAUCAAGGUCCUGACUAAAGAGGAUGGCUCUUUCCGUCUGGAGAACAUGACCGCUGGCACCUACACCAUCCGCACGCAGAAGGAGCUCAUGUUCUUUGAGCCCAUCACUGUGAAGAUCGCCCCCAACACGCCUCAGCUGCCUGACAUCAUCACAGCCGGGUUCAGCGUGUGCGGUCAGAUCUCCAUCACGCGGCUGCCUGAGGGCAUGAAGCAGCAGGGCCGGUACCGGGUCACCCUCACGCCUCACGGGCUGGACAAGGCCGUCGGCCGCACUACUGACUCCGACCCCCAGGGGGCCUUCUGCUUCCAGGCCAGGCCUGGAGACUACAGCAUCCAGGUCUCUAUCCCAGAAGCAGAAGUGAAGGCCGGUCUGGCUCUGCAGCCUCAGUCUCUGGACGUGUCUCUGGUCGAUCGGCCUCUGUCCGACGUGCACUUCACGCAGUUCAUGGCCUCCGUGUCGGGAAAGGUCACCUGCUUGGUGGCCUGUGGUGACCUGACCGUGACCCUGCAGUCCGUCAAUCGACAGGGAGAGAGGCGCAGCGCGCAGCUCCUGGAGAAGGCCGAGUCUCUCACCUUCUCUUUCGACAACGUCCUUCCUGGAAAGUACAAAGUGAGCAUCUCUCAUGAGGAAUGGUGCUGGAAGAACAAGUCAGUGGAAGUGGAGGUGUUGGACGCAGACGUGCUUACUGUGGAGUUCAGACAGACGGGCUACAUGCUGCGCUGCUCCCUCUCCCACGCCAUCACUCUGGAAUUCUUCCAAGACGACAGCAUGCCUGAGAAUGUGGGAAUUUACAACCUCUCCAAGGGUGUGAACCGCUUCUGCCUCUCAAAACCUGGUGUGUACAAAGUGACUCCACGAUCCUGCCACCAAUUUGAGCAAGACUACUACACCUAUGACACCUCCGCCCCAAGCAUCCUCACCCUGACUGCAGUCAGGCAUCACAUGACCGGACUCAUCACCACUGACAAGAUCCUGGAUGUCACUGUCACCAUCAAGUCCUCCAUCGAGAGCGAACCGGCCCUGGUCCUGGGGCCGCUCCGGUCGCAGGAGGAGCAGCGGCAGGAGCAGCAGCUGCAGGAGAUCGAGCUGCGCAGGCAGGAGAGGGAGCGGCGGGGGGAGGAGGAGGGCAGGGAGAGCCCCCCGGUGCUGGAGAGAGCAGAAGAGCUGCUGGGGCCCUUCCACUACGAGUUCUCCUACUGGGCCAGGGCUGGGGAGAAGGUCACUGUGACUCCCUCUUCCAAGGAGCUCCUCUUCUACCCCCCUGAAGUGGAGGCCACCAUCACUGGAGACGGAUGCCCGGGGCGGCUGGUGGACAUCGCUGGGCGGGCGGGGCUCUUCCUGGAAGGGCAGGUGUCCCCUGAACUGGAGGGUGUGGAGAUAUCCAUCAGUGAGAGAGGAGCAGCCACGCCCCUCAUUACUGUGGCCACCAAUGAGAACGGAGCAUACAGCGUGGGACCGCUGCACAGUGACCUGCAGUAUGACAUCAGUGCCAGUAAAGAGGGCUUCGUGCUGACGCCGGUGGAGGGCACUCAGGGAGAUUUCAAGGCCUUCGCUUUGGCAGGAGUCACCUUUGAGAUAAAGGCAGAAGAUGGUCAGGCUCUCUCUGGGGUCCUGCUCUCUCUCAGCGGGGGACAGUUCCGCUCUAACCUGCUCACCCAGGAGACCGGCCUGCUCACAUUCAACAACCUGAGUCCUGGUCAGUACUACUUCAAGCCCAUGAUGAAGGAGUUCCGCUUUGAGCCCGCGUCUCAGAUGAUUGAGGUUGAAGAAGGCCAGACCCUCAGCAUCGCCAUCACCGGCUACAAGACCGCAUACAGUUGCUACGGUGCGGUGCUGUCUCUGAGCGGCGAUGCGGAGCAGGGCGUGUCGGUGGAGGCGGUGGGGCAGGGGGAGUGCAGCCUGUACAGUGAGGACACUGUGACUGACGAGGAGGGCCGCUUCAGACUGCGUGGGCUGCUGCCUGGGUGUUUAUAUCUGGUCCAGCUGAGAGCAGAAGGUAACGACCACAUAGAGCGGGCCCUGCCCCAGCACCGAUCUGUAGAGGUGCGGAACAGUGACAUCGAAGGCGUGAACAUUAUCGCCUUCAGGCAGAUCAAUCAGUUCGACCUGAGCGGAAACGUCAUUACCUCCCCAGAGCACCUUCCCACUCUCUGGGUGAAGCUGUAUAAGAGCGAUAACCUGGACAACCCCAUCAACACGGUGUCCCUGGGCCAGUCCCUCUUCUUCCACUUCACCCCUCUGCUGCGUGACGGCCUGAGCUACGUGCUGAUGCUGGAUUCCACCCUGUCCCGCACGCAGUAUGACUUCUCUCUGCCCCAGGUCUCCUUCACCGCCACGGGGUACCACAAACACGUCACCCUCACCUUUAACCCCGCCCGCAAAGUGCCUGACCAGGACGUGGCUCAGGGCUCAUACAUCGCUCUGCCCCUCACUCUGCUCCUGCUGCUGGCUGCUUACAACCACGAGAAGGUCAUCCCCCUCCUGCUGCAGCUGGUGAACCGCGUGCAGGGAGUCCGGGGGCUGGCGCAGGCGGGUGGGGACCCCGCCGCCCUGGACGACGCCAAGCGGCAGGCCAAGAGGCAGAAGACCCGGCGCAUCUGAGCGGGCCCGGGGACCGCACGGGGGCCCCUGGGUCCCGCCCGGCAGACGCUCUCUCAUUACCUCACAGGCAGGCGGACUGAUGGGACUGAUAUUGUCAGCUUGGAUUCGACGCCGGGGCAGGAAUGGUGCCCGGGCGGGACUGUGGCAACACGCUCUGCAACACGCUCGCUCCUGUACGCUGUGCCUCUCAUUUCAGAAGAGCGCCCCCUACGCUCUCUGAAGAAUCCAUACUGCCAAUAUGAGGCUUUUCUAAUGCUUUUUUUAUUACUUGAUAUCUGAGCCCUUUUUAAAAAGCGUCAAGUGGUGCAGAGAGACAACGAGGACUGGAGUUUCUGUUCCUGUGUAUGGCAUUGUCUCUAGGUUAUGGGGUGGGCACUGUGGGAUAGUGGGGUGGCUGUGUGUCUAUGUGUGUGUGUCUAUAUGUGGAUUUGGUUAGAUGAAAUGGAGCAUUUAAAGUAAACGACAGGAAUGGAAAUGAUCACAAACAAUCAUGGAAGUUAUUAAUUUUGCAUUACAGAUGUGGUAUGAUGCAAAUUCGAGAGACUUAUUUAUUGACAUUGAGUCUUUAGAUGCGAUUGUGACCUAUCUAGAGUGAGGAGACUGUUUCCUUGCGUGUUGAUGUCGCUCUACACUCCCACCAGCAGGGGGAGUUUGUGCGUGCGAAUUCGCCUGUGUCCUGGAGCUCCGCGGUUCAGUUCACUCACCUUGCAGAACCCUGCAUGUCACAAUGUUUGUGGACGGAGCCCACACCUACCUUUACCUUUUUUUCCCCCUCGCAAAAUUAAUGGGGUAUUUUAUUUUACGUGAUUAACGUGUCUGUCGUGCAGCUGUAAAAAAUGAUUUUGCUUUUGCAGUUGCUCAUGAAGGUGGUGAGAAUUAGAGUAGCCAGUGGCACUUCCUCUACUGGAAUGAUUGAGUGACGGUCUGAGCUAAUGGGACU